AUGCCCCAGGGAUUCACCAGACGAGCGAUCGGCGCGUUACUAACGGCGACCGUCUUGCUUUUGAUAUGGCGCGUGUCGAACUAUCAUGUCCCUUCUUUGUCGCCGAAUAGGGUGUCGCAAAUAACAAAGCCGGGCGGUAAUGGCCAUGGACGAAGGGUUGCUAAGGUGUCCAUGUUGUACGGCCACCCGAACCCUCUUUACGAGCGAGCACUUCAAAGUCAUGAGCGUCACGCACAACGAUGGGGUUACCCCAUGCAUGUUCUACAACAGGAUAUUUCGGCGGGAUUCUGGAAUAAGCCAAGUUAUGUGCUCUCGCUUGUUAUCCAGGAGCUUGCGAAGCCAGCUUUGAAGCGGAUGGAAUGGUUAAUGUGGGUUGAUGCGGAUUCUAUUAUUAUCAACCCUGCCAUCCCAGUCGAUAUCUUCCUCCCGCCGCCCGAACUUGAAGAAAUCCACUUCGUUGCUACAAAGGACCAGAAUGGGCUGAACACUGGAAUUGUUUUCUUCCACGUCCAUCCAUGGACAGUCAGUAUGCUUAUAGAGGCUCUUGCUCAUCCGCUGUACCUGCCCGAGGUCGAUCUUGGACGUUCCGCCGACCAAGAAGCAAUGGCCCGCAUCAUGGCCAAAACAUAUAAUGGGCCCGAGGGUCGAGGAUAUGCCGAUGGUAUGGCAUAUCUCCCACGGCCAUGGAUCAAUACGUACGAGUGGCAUCAUGCCUAUGAAGGGAAAAAGGGGGACUUGCUCGUUCAUUUCCCGGGUCUCGAAGACGACCGCUGGCCUCAUAUGGCCAAUUGGCUUGAUAUUGUGGAAAAGACACCGCUCGAAUGGGAAGUUCCCUUGCAGGACACGGCAUAUAUUGACCUCACCACGCAGUACUGGAGCAGGUUCCGUGCCGCCAGGGACCUCGCCAACAGUGUUCAAGAGGACGUAUGGCUUUCGCCGGUGGGCACGGCGACAUCCGCACGGCAGGAAGCCGUUAAUAAUCUCCGACUCGCGCUUCAGCAGAAUGCAGACGAACCGGAAUUACUUCAGCAGCGAGUCGAUGAAGUUAAAGCAGCUGUCCGGAAAGAAGUGUCAUCCGCACAGGCAGAAUAA